AUGAAAAGCCAGAAAAGCCACCUAAUCGCUUGUAAAGUUGACGGCUGUGAAUGGCUUGGCAAAGAUCAUACGACACUCGUCGAGCACAUUCAAACGGAUCACAUGUCUCGUCGAAAGCCACAGAAAUCCACUAACAAAGACGAUGAUGAGCUAUCUGUGGAAAGUCUAAUCGGCAUAAAAGACAAACUGAAGGAUGAACUAAUUCAACAGACAUCGAGCACAGUGAACACAUUUCUGGAUUGGAAUCUCCGAGAACGGAUCCGAAGUACCCUUUCCGAAGUUCGACGACAUGCUUUUGAGUUUCUGGGUGCUGGUCUAACGACUGAAUUGGAUACUUAUUUGAAUGAGAUUAGAGAUGUGACAAACUUGAGCAAAGCCACUUUUCUUGAUCAACAACCAGUGAAAAGUUACGACGAACUUUGUGAAACAAGUGAAAACACUUCAACUCGUGAAUCUGUCAAAGAUGGUUGCCGAAACGAGCCAUGGAGCAAAACGUUAAUUGGCGCAAAACGAUCGAUUUCUUCCAAAAAGCCAUACUAUGUCAAGAAGAAUUGCGUUGCCUUGGAGAACCGACCUCAUAGCAACAAUCCGAUGAAUCCGAAUUUCAGUCGACCGAAAGAAAUUAGUACUCAAUCCCUACCGCUAGAUGAGCUAUUUAAAGUCAAGAAGGAAGUUGAAGAAGAGUCAAUCGAAAAAUCGCAAACUUCGAUGGAUCUUCUCAAUCAAAUGCUCAAUGCUCAAGUGAAACAAGAGAAUUGUGAUGAUAUUGAAGCGGGUAGUUCAAGAGAAACCUCUUCAGUCGACACUUUGCAAAAGGAAAAACAAAACUCAAGCACAAGCUUCCAAAGAAGAAAAGUGAAAUCCGAAGAUUUGAUGGUCAAAUAUGGGUUCGAUUGUGCUACGGAAAAGAGAUGUGCCGUCUGCUUUCAAACGAGUGAAGAUGAGGGGAAAUUAUGGAUAAAAUGUGAACUCUGUGAAUGGUGGGCUCACAAAACGUGCUCAUCACUGUCAAUAAAAUGCCUCGCAAGCAGAGGAAUACCGGAGUAUACCAUCAAUUCCCGAGCAGAGUAUAUCAUCAAUUCCUCAGAGAUCAAAGAGGAAAUAAGUUCGACAACUGAAAAAGAUGAAGCGGAUGAAAAAGUAGUGAGCAACAAGCCGACAAUAAAAGCCGACCAUCAUGCGGCUCUUGGACGUCUCUUUCAUGUGGACAAAGUUGUGCAAAAAAUCCUCACCCAACCCGAGAAACCAAAAAGAAUCCUUAGAAUCAACACCCGAAAAAUUGAGAAAAUCGCUUCAAGCCCUAAAAGUACUGUCACUUCUACAACAGAGACAUUCUCCAAAAAGAACGGGGCUAACUGUUUGACUCAUCCAGAGAUUCAUGAUUGGCAAAAUCUAACAAAGGUGCAGCUGUUAAUCGGAGCACAACCAAUUUGCCCGAUUUGCACGAAGCCCUGUCAAGCGAACUCAAAACUGAAAGAACAUAUCAAAAACGUUCACAAACUAGCUGUUGAACUAAACACAGUUGGUGACAUUGUUUGUGAAAGCUGUGGGCGACGGUUUUCUGGACAGAUCUCUCUAAGACGUCAUGUGCGAAAUAAACAUUCAGAAAAUGCUCAGGGAAGAACGGAUGGAGACGAUUUCUCUUGUUUUGCUUGCCCAAAAGCUUUCCCAUGUCGUCGACUUCUCAUGGCACAUCUCAAAAAUGAGCAUUCUGAGUUAAAAAUUCACGUCUUCUCUCAAGAAUUUGAAAGUUUUGACGAAUUUCUGCUUUUCAAAAAAGAGCUUGAGUCUUCACAAGGAUCAACUUUCGUGAAAGCGAGUAAUACUAUUACCAGGGGUUUACGAUACAUUAAUUAUUCUUGUGUACGAGAUAUUACUAACAAGAUAUCGAGAUGGAAAAGCUUAUUGACAAAGGAUGCAAACUGUUGCACGGCUUUCUUGAAGGUUCGAAUCAACGUUGACGGCAAAGUGGAAACCCAGAUUUGCACUGAUCACAAUGGACACGACGAACUCCUAGAAACCGGUCCAAUCUAUGGAAGUUAUCGUCAGAAAAUAGUCGAAUAUCUCAAAGACGGACUCUCAAUCAAAGAGAUUUUACUGAAAUGUCGCGAGUUUGGAAUCCCACUCUAUCAUGCUACGGAGGAGAAAAUUGAGGAAAUACAGAAGAAAAUGUACUUACAGUCAGGAACGAAAAGACGCAAAGAAGAAGAAGAAGAAGAUGUUGAUUUAAAUCAAGAAGAAGAAGAAGAAGAUUUUGAUUUAAAUCAGGAAGAGGAAGAAGAAGAUGUUGAUUUAAAUCAAGAAGAGCAAGAAGAAGAUGUUGAUUUAAAUCAAGAAGAAGAAGAAUAUGUUGUUUUAAAUCAAGAAGAAGAUGUUGAUGAGAUUUUCGAAAAGAAAAUGUCAAGUGUUGAUGGUGAAAUUGAUUCAAUCAGUGGCCCCAGGAGUCAAGAGUUGGCUAACUCUCCAAAAAGCAACGAUUGUUUGGAAAAGUUUGAAGAUAUUGAUGCGCAGAAAGCCGACCAUCAUGCGGCUCUUGGACGUCUCUUUCAUGUGGACAAAGUUGUGCGAAAACUCCUCACCCAACCCGAGAAACCAAAAAGAAUCCUUAGAAUCAAGACCCGAAAAAUUGAGAAAAUCGCUUCAAACCCUAAAAAGAUUCAUGAUUGGCGAAAUCUAACAAAGGUGCAGCUGUUAGUCGGAGCACCACCGAUUUGCCCGAUUUGCACGAAGCCCAUUCAAACGAACGCAAAACUGAAGAUUCAUAUCAAAAACGUUCACAAACUAGCUGUUGAACUAAACACAGUUGGUGACAUUGCUUGUGAAAGCUGUGGGCGACGGUUUUCUCGACAGACCUCUCUAAGACGUCAUGUGCGAAAGAAACAUCCAGAAAAAGCUCAGGGACUGAUAAGGGAUGAAACCGAUUUCUCUUGUUUUGCUUGCCCAAAAGCUUUCCCAAGUCGUCGAUUUCUCAUGGAACAUCUCAAAAAUGAGCAUUCUGAGUUAAAAAUUCACGUUUUCUCUAAAGAAUUUGAAAGUUUUGACGAAUUUCUGCUUUUCAAAAAAGAGCUUGAGUCUUCACAAGGAUCAACUUUCGUGAAAGCGUGUCAUUGUAAUACCAGGGGUGUACGAUACAUUACUUAUUCUUGUAUACGAGAUAUUACUAACAAGCUAUCGAGAUGGAAAAGCUUGUUGACAAAGGAUGCAAACUGUUGCACGGCUUUCUUGAAGGUUCGAAUCAACGUUGACGGCAAAGUGAAAACUGAGCUUUGCACUGAUCACAAUGGACACGAAGAACUCCUAAAAACCGGUCCAAUCUAUGGAAGGUAUCGUCAAGAUGUUGAUUUAAAUCAAGAAGAAGAAGAAGAUUUUGAUUUAAAUCAAGAAGAGGAAGAAGAAGAUGUUGAUUUAAAUCAAGAAGAAGAAGAUUUUGAUUUAAUUCAAGAAGAAGAAGAAUAUGUUUUUUUAAAGCAAGAAGAAAAUGUUGAUGAGAUUUUCGAAAAGAAAAUGUCAAGUGUUGAUGGUGAAAUUGAUUCAACCAGUGACCCCACGAGUCAAGAGUUGGCUAACUCUCCAAAAAGCAACGAUUGUUUGGAAAAGUUUGAAGAUAUUGAUGCGUUGCUAAAGCAACUUCGCGAAGAGGCUCUCAAUGCUUGCACGUCUGGCGACUCUUUGACUCUUGAUCAAGUUCUCUCAAAAUUGAAAAACGUCUCAUCGAUGAACGAAGAAAUGGCUUCAGAACAACGCAGUGGCUCGUCAUUUGUUGGAGUUGAAACUAAUGUUGAGUUGAAAAAUUCACCUCAAAGAAAGAAUCCAAGCAGAAUAAAAGUUACGGAGAAAGGAAGAAAACCAUUUGGCGUGAAUGAG